GCGUGACGUCACGGGCGGCGGUGUCGCGAGGAUGAAAGCAAUGGCGUCGCUGGACGAAAACAGCCGCCGCUGCCGGAGCGCUCGUCCGUCUUGUCGUCGCUAUGUGGCGGGAGGAAGAAACCCGCCGUCGACGUGCAUUUGAACAGCGCCGAGCGGAUAACAACUGGCAGGCCACGGCUAUGGUGAUGGCGGCUCAGUAAAGAGCGAAGCAGGAAGCUGGUGUGAAACGAGCGAUCGGACGGAAUGGCCGCCCAGGACCCUUCGCCCCCCUCGUCCAUGGAGAGCAACAAGCCGGGUUACCCCAAGAAGAUCCUGGGUAACAAGCUGGAGGACAAGCACCUGUGCAAGUGCUGCCACAACAUCCUGAGACGACCCUUUCAGGCGCAAUGCGGCCAUCGCUUCUGCUCGUACUGCUUCAACCUGACCAUUAGUAACGGACCACAGAAAUGCAACGCUUGCAUCAAAGAGGACAUUUUCGAAGAGGCCACGUCAGUCCUGAAACAAGGAUGUGCUUUUCCCGACAACGCGGUGCGGCGGGAAGUGGAAAACCUCCCGGCGGUCUGCAUUAACGAAAGCUGCUCUUGGAGGGGAUCUAUCAAAGAGUAUGAGCUGAGCCACGAGGGAAAGUGCGAGUUCAUGAUCGUCCCGUGCCCGUCCUGCAAGGAGCGCAUUCGUUUCAACGAGCAGGAGCGGCACAGCGAGCGCGAGUGCCCAGAGAGGACUCUCAACUGCAAGUACUGCAAGGAACCCUUUCACUUUAAGAACAUCAAGGCCCAUGAUGAGAUCUGCCCCAAAUACCCGAUGAUCUGCGAGGGCUGCGCUAAGAAGAAGAUACCCAGGGAGAAGUAUGUGGACCACAUCAAGUUCUGCAGCAAAUUCAGGAUGCCGUGUCGCUUUCACGUGGUGGGGUGUGACAUGUCGGUGGAGAAGGAAAAGACUCAUGAACAUGAACGCGCCUUUGCCUAUGAACACCUCAACCUGCUGCUGCAUUACAUCAUGGGUAUGAAGGUGAGCAUGGAGGGGCUGCAGCCGCAGGGACUGGAGGUGGCAGGACACAAACUGGUGGAACUGCAGCAGUCCCUCAGGGAACUGGAGGCCCGGGUCUCCCAGCUCAGCACCACCGCCUCCUCUUCCUCCUCCGGGCAUCCCGUGCAGGGAGCCGCCGUCGCCUCCUCCUCCGGAUCGGGCCCGCUGGGCCAGGGUCCCCUUCCCCCGCCUCCCGCUCCAGCUCCCGCCCUGUCCGUAUCGACCUCCUUCACGCCGCUGCCUAGCUCGGUUGGCGCAGCCCUGGAGCUGCAGCUCCACAGUGAGAAGACCAAGGUGGCCGAGCUGGGCCGCCGCUGCACCGAGCUGGAGGUGAAGGCGGGCACCUUCGAGAACGUGGUGUGCGUCUUGAACAGAGAGGUGGAGCGCUUCGCCACCACCAUGGAGGCCAGCAACCGGCAGCACAAGUUGGACCAGGACAAGAUCGAGGCUCUGAGUAACAAGGUGCGGCAGUUAGAGAGGACGGUGGGCCUGAAGGACCUGACGGUAGCGGAGAUGGAGGGUCGGCUGAGGGAGAUGUCCGCCACAACCUUCGACGGUGUCUUUGUAUGGAGGAUUUCUGACUUUGCCAAAAAGAGACAGGACGCCAUCGCCGGUCGAGCCCCCGCCAUGUUCUCGCCAGCAUUCUACACCAGCAAGUACGGUUACAAGAUGUGUCUGCGGAUUUAUCUGAACGGGGACGGGACAGGGCGCGGCAGCCACUUGUCCUUGUUCUUUGUGGUGAUGCGAGGACUGAGCGACGCGUUGCUCAAGUGGCCCUUCAACCAGAAGGUGACACUGAUGCUGCUGGACCAGAGCAACCGGGAGCACAUCAUCGACGCCUUCCGACCUGACGUCACCUCGUCGUCCUUCCAGCGACCGGUGAGCGAGAUGAACAUUGCCAGCGGCUGCCCGCUCUUCUGCCCGCUCUCCAAACUGGAUGCCAAAAACUCCUACAUCCGCGACGACACCAUCUUCAUCAAGGCCAUCGUGGACCUCACCGGGCUCUAGGAGGGGGCGGAGCCACACCAGGUGCUCAUCUUCGACGACCACACCGGGAGUCUUGAUUUCAGCCCCCGAGUUAAUCCCUCCGGGCGCGCUGCCGUCGCGUCCUUCCGCCGAUUGGAGGACUGACAAACGUGGGCGAGAAUGUCCUCGACACGGCGUUUCCUGUAGGAGAGGGGCUUUUUUUUUUUUUUUUUUUUUUUUGGGACGGGACGACGAGGACCGAGCAGCUAAAUCGCGCGGCGGGCGGUGCGGGCGUAUCGUCACGGCGGUCGCCGAUUCGGGGCGGUGAGCUCUUUUGCUUCUUUGUCUUGAGAUUGUCGGUGUCGUGAGGCUCUCUGGUCUCGUGUUGAGUACAUUUGUAUAGACAAACGUGGAGUUUUGUGAUCAACAAGGCUUCCCCCCGUUCUUGGUUUGUCCCGUAAGCGCCGCGUGCAUGAUGGGGGCAGUCGUUAGUUCUCACCUGUCUUGUUUAGAUUUCAGACGUUCUCAAACUAGGGUCCUCGGAUCGCUCGAACCGGCACUGAAAAGUCAUCUGCGGUAGAUUAUUAAGGGGAGGCGUAUAUAGGUUUAAAUCAUAUUGGACAAAAAAAAUGUGGAAGCACCAAUCAAAAGAGCACCUCAACUCACUUAAACAGUUUCUUGGUACAAAAUACUAAAAAAUGGAAGAGGAGGGACCCUCCUAAUAUGAUAAUAUGAUCUCACAAUAUGGCGAUACAUAGGGUUCACACAUCUAUGGCAGCCAAUGAGUUCAUUUUUGGGGCAUUUCAGUUCAGUUUCUGUUGAUUUGGGGGCAUUUACAGUUGAUUUUGGGUAACUGAACAGGAAGUGACCCGGGAAUUACCCCAAAUCAAUAGGAAGUGACCUGAAAAUGCCCUAAAAUGAAGAGGAAGUGAACUGUAACCGGGAAGACUGGCUUUGAAUGAACAUACUCUCAUUCGCUGCCAUCACUUUCACUUCAAACAGAUCGGACGUCCAUUGCAGUUAAAUGGCGCCCAAUUAGUUCAUAUUUGGGGCAUUUCAGGUCAUUUCCUGUGGAUUUUGGGGCAUUUACAGGUCACUUCCUGCUCAGUUACCCAAAAUCAACACAUUUAGAGCAUUCCUGGGUCACUUCCUGUUGAUUUGGGGGCAUUUUCCGCGACAUUUCCUGUUGAUUUUGGGGCAUUUAUUAAUCGCUUCCUGUUGAUUUUGGGUCACUGAACAGGAAGUGACCCGGAUAUGACCCCUAAUGAAUAGGAAGUGACUCAAAUCGACCCGUAAAUGCACCAAAAGCAAUAGGAAGUGACCACAGAUCAACAGGAAAUGUACUGAAAUGCUGGAAAAAUUAAGUGCCAUUGACAUUGGUGAGACAUUAGACAUUUAGCACUGUCAGUGUCACUUUUGUUGGUCUUUUGUUAGAAUUUACAGGUCACAAGGUCAUUUUUGGGCGUUUCACGUCAUUUCCUGUUGGUUUUCGGUCACUUCCUAUUUUAUAUUGGGGACAUUCUUGAGUCACACCCUGUUCAGUAACCCAAAAUCAACUGGAAGUGAUCCAUAAGUGCCCCAAAAUCCACAGGAAAUUUCGGGAAAAGCCCCCAAAUCAACAGGAAGUGACUCAGACAGACAUUGGACGUCUAGUGCCGUCAGUGGCAAUUAAUUAUAGGGCCUUUCAGUACAUUUCUUGAUUUGCGGUCUGUUCCUUUUGAUUUGGGGUGAUUUACAGGUAACGUCCUGUUGAUUUUGAGUCACUUCCUAUUGGUUUGGGGACAUUCUUGAGCCACUUCCUGUUCAGUAACAUAAAAUCAACAGGAAGUGACCUGUAAAUACCCCCAAAUCAAAAGGAAGUGACCUGUAAAUGCCCCAAAAUCAAAAGGAAGUGACCGAAAAUCAACAGGAAAUGACCUAAUUUGGUCGCAUUUCACGUCAUUUCCUGUUGAUUUUUUUUUUUCUUUUCCUUUUGGAGCAUUUACAGGUUACUUCCUGUUGAUUUUGAGUCGCUUCCUAGUCAUAUGGAGACAUUGUUGAGUCACUUCCUUUUCAGUAACCCAAAAUCAACUGGAAGUGACCUGUAAAUGCCCCCUAAUUCAACAGGUAGUGACAUGUAAAUGCCCCAAAAUAAAAUAAAAAGUGACCUGUAAAUGCCCCAAAAGGAAAAGGAAGUGACUGAAAAACAACAGGAAAUGAUGUGGAAUUCUCCAAAAUGGCUGAAUUUUGAAAUGCGCCAAAAUGACCUAAUUUUUGGGUAUUUCACUUCAUUUCCUGUUGAUUUUCGCUCACUCCCUUUUCCUUUUAGAGCAUUUACAGGUUACUUCCUGUUGAUUUUGAGUCACUUCCUAGUCACAUUGAUACAUUCUUGAGUCACAUAAAAUCAUAGACUUCAUAAUGUAUUGACGGGGGCGCGGGGCCGAUACAUAGGGGGCCUGCAUUGUUGGCGAGGCUGUCAAAGCUGACCAAGUGGAAUCACAGACAAAGAGCUUUCUCGUUGAAAAUUCUUGUGAAUAAAUGCUUAAAUCCUUGAAUUCUUUAUAGAUAUGGACGUAAAAGUUUGAUUCUUGGUUAAAAGCAAAAAAUAAAAAACUGUGCAGUUAGCAUUUAUUUUACGUAAAUAUGUGCAAGUACAAUGCUAGUCUGUUAGUGAAUGUAGCUAGCGUCCGCCUGAUGUAAACAGAGCUUUUCUGGUGAAAAUUCUUGUAAAUAAAUGCUUAAAUCCCCAAAUUCUUUAUGGAUAGGCACGUUAAACAGUCUCGAUUUUUGGUUAAAAGCUAAAUAAAAAACGUGCAGUUAGCAUUUAUUUUACGUAAAUAUGUCAAAGUACAAUGCAAGUCUGUUAGUGAAUAUAGCUAGCGUCUGCCUGAUGUAAACAGAGCUUUUGCGGGGAAAAUUCUUGGGAGUAAAUGCUUAAAUCCUUGAAUUCUUUAUAGAUAUGGACGUAAAACAGUCUUGAUUCAUGGUUAAAAGCAAAGAAAACAACAAAAACGUGCAAUUAGCAUUUAUUUUACAUAAAUGUGUCGAAGUACGAUGCUAGUCUGUAAGUCAAUGUGGUGGCAGCAAUAUAGAUAUGGACGUAAAAGUUUGAUUCUUGGUUAAAAGCAAAAAAAUAAAAAAACGUGCAGUUAGCAUUCAUUUUACGUAAAUAUGCCCAAGUACAAUGCUUGUCUGUUCGUAAAUGUAGCUAGCGUCCGCCUGAUGUAAACAGAGCUUUUCCGGUGAAAAUUCUUGUGAAUAAAUGCUUAAAUCCCUGAAUCCUUUAUAGACAUGGAUGUAAAAGUCUCGAUUCUUGGUUAAAAGCAAAAAAAAAAAAAAAAAACCCGAAAAAAACGUGCAAUUAGCAUUUAUUUUACGUAAAUAUGUAGAGGUUCAAUGCUAGUCUGUUGGUAAAUGUAGCUACUGUCCGCCUCAUGUAAACAGAGCUUUUCCGGUGAAAAUUCUUGUGAAUAAGUGCUUAAAUCCCUGAAUCCUUUAUAGACAUGGACGUAAAACAGUCUCGAUUCUUGGUUAAAAGCAAAAAAAAAAAAAAAAACGUGCACUUAGCAUUUAUUUUACGUAAAUAUGUCAAAGUAAUGCUAGUCUGUUAGUAAAUGUAGCUAGCGGCCGCCUGAUGUAAACAGAGCUUUUCAUGUGAAAGUUCUUGUGAAUAAAUGCUUAAAUCCCCUAAUUCUUUAUAGAUAUGGACCUAAAACAGUAUCGAUUCUUGGUUAAAAGCAACAACAACAAAAACGUACAGUUAACAUUUAUUUUACGUAAAUAUGUCAAAGUACAAUGCUAGUCUGUUAGUAAAUGUAGCUAGCGGCCGCCUAAUGUAAACAGAGCUUUUCAUGUGAAAAUUCUUGUGAAUAAAUGCUUAAAUCCGGUAAUUCUUUAUAGAUAUGGACCUAAAACAGUAUCGAUUCUUGGUUAAAAGCAAAAAAAAAAAAAAAAAAACGUACAGUUACCAUUUAUUUUAAGUAAAUAUGUUGAAGUUCAAUGCUAGUCUGUUAGUGAAUGUAGCUAGCGGCUGCUUGAUGUAAACAGAGCUUUUGCGGUGAAAAUUCUUUGGAAUAAAUGCUUAAAUCCUUGAAUUCUUUAUAGAUAUGGACGCAAAACAGUCUCGAUUCUUGGUUGAAAGCCAAAAAAAAAACAAAAACAAACAAAACGUGCAGUUAGCAUUUAUAUUAUGUAAAUAUGUCAAAGUACAAUUCUAGUCAAUAUACGUAGCCAGCAGCCGCCUGAUGUAAACACAGCUUUUCCGGUGAAAAUUCUUGUGAAUAAAUGCUUAAAUCCCCGAAUUCUAUAUAGACAUAGAUUUAAAACAGUCUCGAUUCUUGAUUAAAAGCAAAAUAAAUAAAUAAAUAAAUAAAUCAUUCUUAAGUCACUUCCUUUUCAGUAACCCAAAAUCAACAGGAAGUGACUUGUAAAUGCCCCAAAAGGAAAAGGAAGUGACUGAAAAUCAACAGCAAAUGACGUAAAAUGCCCCAAAACUAACUCAUUGCCGCCUGGCAUUGGCUGCCACUGACGGCCAUAGACGUCCAAUCCAUUUGAAGUGGGACUGUGGCAAUGAAUGUGUUCAUUCUCUGCCAUCCCUCCUACUCCUAACGGAUUGGACAUCUACUAGUCUCUUGGUUGUUUUGUAGAAUAUCCUCAAAUGCUUUCCUAACCCCGGUAGUUGUUGUAUCCCAUAUUGUGAGAUCAUCGUGACCUGUCUUGAGCAGUCCGUGGACCCCAAAAUUUUGAGAACCCCUGGCUUAGAAGCAGGCAUCCCUUUUCGUGUAAAGUUCACAUUCGUUCCGACUCGCGGCAGGGGGGAGGGGGCUUAGUUACCGGUGCUUUGGUACAUCUGUGGAAGAUAAAGUGGAAUAAGCGAGGUGUCUGAGGCGCAGCUUGACAUUGUGGUUUUUCUCGAGUCCGCCCCUUUGCGAUGACGCUCGCUGGCUCGCAUCUCGACAGGUGGCGCUGUUCCCUCCCCUCCCACGCCCGCCCCCCCGCUCACCGAGAGAAGGAACGUCAUUUACUUGUGCGUCCGAAAACGUGAUGUGCGUGCCGUUAGCUAGCAGAGCUGGCGUACUGAUGUGAUUCUAAUAGUGUAUUCUGUUUUGUAGGUGCAAAUUUACGGAAAGAGAAACUCAAAAGAUUGUUGUACGGUGAACCCUCCGUUUUUAUUUUUUAUUUUUUUAAAAAUUCAAAAAUUCAGGAAGCUAAGGGGUACAAAAGUUCUAUACAGUUUUUGCUAAAAAUGUAUUGUUCGGCCAAAAUUUGCCCAAAACAUACCGAUUAAUUUCGAAUGGGCAAAAUUUCCCAUUCAUUUUCAAUAGCCCUAUUCGCCUGCCAUUAAUUUCGAUUGCACCAAAACCUUCAUUCACUCCCAUUGAUUUCCAACCCAAGUGACUCAACAAGAAGUGCCUCCGAAAUGCCCCCAAAUCAACAGGAAGUGACCGUUAAAUGCCCCAGAAUCAACAGGAUGUGACCCUGAAAUGCCCCAAAAUUAACAGGAAGUGACCCCCAAAUGCCCCAUAUUCAACAGGAAGUGACCUGAUAUGAAAACAUACGGUUCGGCCCAAAUUUGCCAAAAACAUACCCAUUCAUUUCUAAUGGGCAACAUUUUCUAUUCGUUUCCAAUGACCAUUUUCGCGUGCCAGUCAUUUCAAUAGCAAAAAAAUCUCCAUUCACUCCUAUUGAUUUCCAACCUAAGUGACUCAACAGGAAGUGCCUCUGAAAUGCCCCCAAAAUUAACAGGAAGUGACCCUAAAAUUCCCCCAAAUCAACAGGAUUUGACCCUGAAAUGCCCAAAAAUCAAAAGAAAAUGCUCUGAUGUCUACAGGAAGUGACCCUGGAAUGCCUCCAAAUCAACAGGAAGUCACCCUGGAAUGCCUCAAAAUCAACAGGAAGUGAUCUGAUAUAAAAACGUAUAGUUCGACCAAAAUUCGCCAAAAACAUACCCAUUCAUUUCUAAUGGACAAAAUUUCCCAUUCAUUUCCUUAUAGCCCUAUUUGCCUGCCAUUCAUUUCAAUAGCACAAAAACCCUCCAUUCACCCCUAUUGACUUCCGACUCAAGUGACUCAACAGGAAGUGACUCUGAAAUUUCCCCGAAUCAACAGAAAGUGACCAGAUAUCAACAGUAAGUUACCCUCUAAUGCCAAAAAAAUCAAUAAAAGGGACCCAAUAUCUAAAUGAAGUCACCCUGGAAUGCCUCAAAAUCAACAGGAAGUGAUCUUAUAAAAACGUACGGUUCGGCCAAAAUUUGCCAAAAACAACCAUUCAAUUCUAAUGGGCAAAAUUUCCCAUUCAUUUCCAAUGGCCCUAUUUGCCCGCCAUUCAUUUCAAUGGCACAAAAACCUCCAUUCACUUCUAUUGAUUUCCAACCCAAGUGACUCCAAAAUGCCCCCAAAUCAACAGGAAGUGACCGGAUAUCAACAGGAUGUGACCCUGAAAUGCCCCAAAAUCAAUAGAUAGUGCAGCGAUUUCAAUGGGAAGUGACACCUGAACUGCCUCAAAAUCAACAGGAAGUGACUCCCAAGUGCCCCAAAAUCAACAGAAAGUGACCUGAUAUAAAAAUGUAGUUUGGCCAAAAAUUUGCCCAAACCAUACCCAUUCAUUUCUAAUGGCCCAAAUUUCCCAUUGAUUUCCAAUAGCCCUAUUCACCAUUCAUUUCAUUAGCACAAUAACUUCCAUUCACUCCUACUGAUUUCCAAGUGACUCGAUAUCAACGGGAAGUGACCACGAAAUGCCCCCAAAUUGACAGCAAGUGAUCCAAUAUGUACCCACAAGUCUUUGCGCCAUUCACAGGCGCAAAGACUUGUGGGUACAUAUUGGAUAGUAACCGUGACUUUACAUAGUUCACUCAAGCAGAUCACAAAUCCACCAACUAUGUAAAGUCACGGUCGUCACUCGGUAGGUGUACCCACAAGUCUUUAAUUUUCCAUCAUAUUUUUAUUCAGGAAAACAAGCUAUUUGGACUUUUCUCAAUAUCUUUACUAGUUCGCCUACAUUUCGCAGGAGCCUCACCUUGAAGUUGCCCGACUUUUACCGGAAUCUUCUGUUGAGGCUCAGUUCACGAUCAUGCUGGAGGGGGGUUCACUGUCCACUCUUUUGUGAUUUCAAAUGUACAGAAAGGGAAAUGACCGUUGUUGCGCUUACGAACUUGACGGGCUGGACCACGCUGCGGCUGGCCUGUUUUCAAACCAGUCUUGACCGGUAUUGAAGCCUCUCUGUGCAUGGGAGGCUUCAAUUGGUAAAUCGCGUAAAGCGGCUCCGCGCCGGUUCACGCCGACGUGACCGCCUUUAUUUCAUAUUUGUUUGGAGGAGAAUAUGGUAGAAUAGCUAUUAUGUUAUAUCCGGCCGAGCUCGUUUCAAGACGCCGGCCUAGACCACUGGGGGACGCGUUUUUUGCUGAGUUGGAUCUAAAAGCUGUUUUGAACUCAUUUUGGAGUGUGAAAACAAAGUUUUGAACAAUAGGACCCCUGUUUUCUUAAUUAAUUAAUCUCUUUGGUUUGACACUCCAAAAAUGAGAGUUCAACCAAAGACUUGUUUAAAAAAAAAAAAAAAAAAAAUUCAAAAUGCUAUUUGUCCCACGAUUUUUGUCCAAAUCACAUCAUUUAUACAUGAAAAAAAUUCAGGAAACUAAGGGGCACAAAAGUUCUCUGCAGUAUUUGCUAAAAAUGUACUGUUCGGCCAAAAUUUGCCAAUUCAUUUCUAAUGGGCGAAAUUUCCCAUUGAUUUCCAAUGACCCUUAUUUGCCAUUCGUUUCAAUGGCACAAAAACAUCCGUUCACUUCUGUUGAUGUCCAACCCAGGUGACCUGAUAUCAACAGGAAAUGCCCCAAAUUGACAUGAAGUGACCUUGAAAUGCCCCCAAACCAACAGGAAGUGAGCCUGGAAUGCCUCAUUAUCAAAAUUAUAAACCGGAAGUGACCCAAUAUGAACAGAGAGUGUUACCAAGAGUUCUUGCCAAAAACCGUACUGUUCGGCCAAAAUUUGCCAAUUCAUUUCUAAUGGGCAAAAUUUCCCAUUGAUUUUCACGGCCCUAUUUGCCAUGCAUUUAAAUGGCAUGACGAUGUCCAUUCACUCCUAUUGAUUUCCAACCCAGGUGACCCAAUAUCAACAGGAAAUGCCCCCAAACCAACAGGAAGUGAGCCUAGAAUGCCUCAAAAUCAAAUAAAUACACCGGAAGUGACCCAAUAUGAACAUAAAGUGACCCUGUAAUGUAACCCUAUUUGCCAUGCAUUUAAAUGGCACGAAAACAUCCAUUCACUCCAAUUGAUUUCCAACCCAGGUGACCCGAUAUCAACAGGAAAUGCUUCCAAAUCAACAGGAAGUGACCCAAUAUCUACAGGAAGUGAGCCUGGAAUGCCUCAAAAUCAAAUAAAUAAACAAUAAGUCACACCAAAACACCCCAAAUCAACACGAAGUGACCCAAUAUCAACAGGAAGUGACACAGAAAUGCCCCCAAUACAACUUUUUGCUAAAAACGUACUGUUCGGCAAAAAUUUGCCAAUUCGUUUCCAAUGGGCAAAAUUUCCCAUUGAUUUACAAUGGCAAAUAGGGCCAUUGUAAAUUUAAAUGGCAAAAAAACAUCCAUUCACUAUUAAUUUACAACCCAGGUGACCCGAUAUCAAGAGGAAAUGCCCCAAAUCAACAGGAAGUGACCCUAUAUCUACAGGAAGUGAGCCUGGAAUGCCUCAAAAUCAAAUAAAUAAACAGGAAGUCACCCCAAAAUCGACAGGAAGUGACCCAAUAUGAACAGAAAGUGACCCUGAAAGGCCCCAAAUCAAAACCUUUUGCUGAAAAUGUACUGUUCGGCCAAAAUUUGCCCAUUCAUUUCUAAUGAGCAAAAUUUCCCAUUGAUUUCCAAUGGCCCUAUUUGCCAUUCGUAUAAAUGGCACAAAACAUCCAUUCGCUCCCAUUGAUUUUCAAUCCAGGUGACCCGAUAUCAACAGGAAAUGCCCCCAAAUCAACAGGAAGUGACCCUGGAAUGCCUCAAAAACAAACAAACAGGAAGUGACCCCAAAAUGCCCCAAAAUCAACAGGAUUAGUCUGAUGCUGCCAUUAUUUUAAAUGCUUUCCUUGACCGGUAUUAUUCACCACAAAACCGACGCCAAUAUUAUGUCAAACGCUUACUGGUUGAGAGCCAAUAUUAGUUUUGAUCAGCUUAAAAAUCUAACUCAAUCAAAUUUUUUUUUCAAAUCGUUCCUCAGUGUAGUCCUUAUAGCAAUAUGUGAAUAUGUAUUUUUUAUAUCAUAUCUCUAUAUAUAAAACGUUUAUAUCCGUGUGGACACGCACAAGCUGUUAUAAUAAGAAUAGUAUUAUCGAAUACGCUAUUAAUUCUAUAUCUGUAUUAUCUGUUUUUUUUUUCGUGUUUGUUUGUUUGUUGAAGAUGGUUUAAACAGGCCAGAGCUGAUUCCAUUCGGCGCAGCGUGAGUGCAAUAUGACGUUUGAAGGGUUUUAUAGGGGUCACGCUUGACUUAUUUAGCGCUAUUUGUUUACAUUGCGUCGAGCAGCUUUCAACUUUUCCUGUAUAAAUAUGGCCACAAAGGCCGACAUUUUGCUCUGUGUGCGUUGAUAUUCUUAGCUGAAGAAAAAACAGCAUGUGAGGAAACACAAACUAUACACAGUAAUAAUCUUUCGUGUCAUGCCAAACUCAAAUAUUACCUCCAUGUUGUAUCGCAACGUGUUUUAUUUGUGUCUUUCUAUGCCUCGAUAUGUUGCCAAAAUGGUUAUUUAAACUCGAGCUGCUGUUUGUGUGUUGUUGUAAAUUGUGUGUGAACACAUGGGUCACUACUAGCUUAAGAGGAUAUCAUAAAAAAAAUACUAAUCAAGUGCCCACUGUUAAAGCAACACUUAAUAACUUUCAGUUUUUCAGUGAUUUUGGCGACACCGGUGGACAAAAGCGGUACUGGUUUGGCUAACGGCAGACUGUGCAAGGAGGGGUGUGAUAAAGUAUCAAAAAGGUGAUGCAUAUGUUGCGAUACUUUGUAGCCUGAAAGAUCAUCGAUAUGCUCCCACCAAGUAUUGAUAUAUGGUUUAAAAAGGUUUCUGUUCAUUUUAGGGCAUUAACAGGUUACUCUUUGUUGAUUUGGAGUCACUUCCUAUUUACAUAGAGACAUUUUUGAGUCAUUUUUUUUUUUAGCAGUAACCCAAAAUCAACAGAAAGUGACCCGCAAAUGCCCCAGAAUCAACAGGAAAUAGACCAAAAAUGACCCAAAAGGUACAGGAAGUGUGCCGAAAUCAACAUGAAGUGACCUGCAAUUAAUUGAAAGUUACCCAGAAAUGCCUUAAAAUCAGCAGGAAGUGACCGAUAAAACAGGUAGUGACCCGUGAAUGCCCCAGAAUCAACAGGAAGUUACCCAAAAUGUAUAGGAAGUGAACGGAAAUAAACUGGAAGUGACCUGACAUCAAUAGGAACACGCCGUCAAAUCAACAGGUUACUUUCUAUUGAUAUAAUCACUUCCUAUUUUUGGGGGGACAUUCUCGAGUCACUGCCUGUUGAUUUUGGGGCAUUUACGGGUCACUUCCUGUUGAUUUUUGGGUUACUGAACUGGAAGUGACCUGGAAAUGCCUCAGAAUCAACAGGAAAUGACCCGAAAUGUACAGGAAGUGAGCCGAAAUCAACAGGAAAAGACCUGGAAAUGCCCCCGAACAUGGGUCUCCAACCUAGUCCAUAAAGGCCCGCUGUGGCUGCAGGAUUUUUUCCAACCAAACAAGAUGACACCUUUUCACCAAUCUGGUGUUUUCCAAGUGUAACCACUUGAUUGCAGUCAGAUGCUGUUUGUUUUAGCAGAAAUCGCAUUGGUUCAACAGUCUGUCUUGGAUCAGUUGGAAGAAAAACCAGGACCCACAACGGGCGAUGAAGGCCGGUUUGGUGACGCCUGCCCUAUGACCCUAAAUGUACAUGAAAUAGGCCAAAAUCAAUAGGAAGUGACUCCUAAAUCCCCCUAAAUCCAUAGAAGGUAACUGAUGAACAGGAAGUGUCCCGGAAACGCCCCAGAAUAAACAGGAAAUGACCCAAAAUAUACAUGAAGUGAGCUGAAAUCAACAGGAAGUGGCCCAUGAGCAGGAAUUGUUCUAUAAAUGCCUCAGAAACGACACGAAAUUACCUGAAAUGUACAGGAAGUGAGCUGUAAUCAACGCAAAGUCAACAAUGAACACGAAGUGACUCGAAAAAUGCCCCGGAAUCUGCAGAAAGUGUACCCAAAAUGUACAGGAAGUGAGCGCCAUUUAGCGGAAGUGACCCGAAAUGAAUAGGAAGUUACCCGGAAAUGCCCUGAAAUCAUCAGGAAGUCAUCGUUAAACAGGAAGUGAUUUGGAAAUGCCUCAGAAUCAACAGGAAAUGACUCGAAUUGUACAGGAAGUGAGACGAAAUCAACAGGAAGUGACCCGGAAAUGCCCCAGCAUUAACAGGAAAUGACCUGAAAUGUACAGGAAAUGAGCCAAAGUCUAUAGGAAGUGACUCGUAAAAUACCCCAAAAUCAACAGGAAGUGACCCGUAAAGGCCCCAAAAAGAUAAAGGAACUGACCAAAAAGCAACGGGAGAUGAAGUCAUUUACUGGCAUUGGCUGCCACUGAUGACCACAGCUGUCCAAUUGUUUAUUCGCUGCCAUCCUUCCCACUUCAAACGGAUUGGAUCUCUACUAGUGAUAAACUCAUUCCGCAAAAGUUACCAUGCUCAAUGAGUAUUGUAAAGUUAUUCAGUGUUGCUUUAAAAUAUCCUCAUAUUUACUCCCGUAGAAUCUGAAUGUAAAGCCUCUACACCAUUGAAAAGAAAAUGCAGUCGACUGAAAGCAACUUUGAUGAUUUGCGCACUUUGCAUUAGUUGUACGUUUAAACAGGGUAUUUUUAUUCUAUUCGUGUAUCUUCAAGAGCCAUACAAGUAUUACGCUGUUGAUAUUUGGUGUUAUUGCAACAAAAAAAAGGAAAAAAAUUGCAGUCUGAAAUAAAGUUUGAUAAGCUUGAACGUGUUAUAAUGUUGGACAUUUUUUCCCGUCUGAUGGAAUA